AUGAAAAUAAUUGCAGUUUUAUCGGUACUGUAUAUCGCUGUCUGUAAUGGACUGCCAUUUGCCGAUCAAUUGGCCGCCAAUGAUGUGGACAAUAGCCACAAAUGGGUCGUAUUGUGCGCCGGGAGUAGCGGUUGGAGUAAUUAUGGAGAUCAGGCUAUUGUCUAUCGGGCGUACCAUCAGUUCCGCGCGUUAGGCAUACCGGAGAGCAAUAUAAUUGUCAUGCAUUACGACGAUAUCGCUAAUAAUGCAAGAAAUCCAACCCCGGGUAAAGUGGUCAACGAGAUCGACGGUCCAGAUGUCUACAAAGGUGUGCCCAAAGACUAUACCGGUGAGGAGGUUACCCCGAAGAACUUUUUAGGAGUAAUACAAGGUGAUGAGAAAUUGGCUGCUCAGGGUAAAAAGGUUGUUAAAAGUGGACCCAACGAUCACGUGUUUCUAUAUUUUGGCGAUCAUGGCUCAAUGUUUCACAACCAUUUGGCCGACAACAUUAACGUGUACGCCACCACCUCAUCCAAUUACAACGAGCUCAGUUAUUUCUACACUUAUAGCCCCUUAUAUAAAACAUAUAUAAGUUCAUUCUUUGCCAAUAAUUGGUUGGAUGAUGAUCGUACUAGCGAUUUGACUAAGGAGACUUUUGGUCAACAGUUUCAGUAUUUUGCCUCGAAAAGUGAGCUUAAUAUAUCUGGCAGUCACUAUUAUGUGCAUUCUCAACAGUAUGGUGAUUUAGCUGUUACCAAACUGACCGUUUCCGAGUUUCUAGGGAAUAAACCCAAAGUGGAUGUCAAUAGAAAUUACUAUAAAUCAGUGCAAAACUCGGAUGCGGUUAACAAAUGGGAUGUUUCGCUGGAUUUACUGCAAAGACGUGUAAAUGAAGAGAAGGAUAUCAACGAGAAAAAUGGUCUAAUGAAAGAGUUGGAAGAGUUAUACGCCGGCAGACAAUAUGUGGACAAACAUAUGACUGAAUACGUGAAUAGUAUUCAACACUUACUGACAGUCGAUAGCAAUGCUAUUCUAAACACUAAACAAGAGCUCAAUAAUAGACAGUGUUAUCGACAACUUGUGGACACUUAUCACCAAAACUGCUUUAAUUUGAAUCAAGCUAUUGUCUACCGGGCGUACCAUCUGUUCAAGGCUUAUGGCAUACCGGAGAGCAAUUUAAUUGUCAUGCAUUACGACGAUAUCGCUAAUAAUUCGCAAAACCCAACGCCCGGUAUUGUAGUCAACGAUAUCGGCGGACCCGAUGUCUAUAAGGGUGUCCCCAAAGACUAUACCGGCAAAGAUGUCAAUCCCCAGACCUUUUUGAAGGUAUUGCAGGGUGAUGCUGAAUUAGCUGCUGCUGGUAAAAAAGUGGUCAAGAGUGGACCGAAUGAUCACGUGUUUGUCUAUUUUGGUGACCAUGGGUCAACCGAUCUUGUUGCUUUCCCCUCAUCCUACUUAUACGCUAAGGACUUAAACGCAGUUUUGGUCAAAUUGAACGAGGAGAAAAAGUUUGCCCAGCUCACAAUCUAUUUGGACACAUGCGAUUCAGGCUCAAUGUUCCGAAACCAUUUGCCCGCCAAUGUUAAUGUGUACGCAUCGACAUCAUCCGAUUACGACGAGCUCAGUUGGUUUUACAUCUACGAUGAUAAAUACAAAACUUAUAUAAGCUCAUUCUUUGCCGACAACUGGCUCGACAAUGAGGCACAGUCUGACAUUAACACCGAGACAUUACAACAACAAUACCAGUACCUCAAAGACCACCACACCGUACAGAACCCGCACUCAAACACCACACAUGAAAUACACGCCCAACAGUACGGAGAUCUGAAUGUGGCCAAGACCAAAGUGGCUGAGUUUUUGGGUCUUAAACCCAAAAACGCCGAUAGAUUUGUGCCACACUUGGGCUCAAACACCGAUGCGGUCAACAAAUACGAUGUGUCCAUAGAUUUACUACAGAGACGUAUUGCCAGCGCUCAGGAUAUCAAUGAGAAAAAUAGUCUUAUCGUCGAGUUGGAGGGCUUAUACGCCGGCAGACAAUAUGUUGAUAAACACAUCAAUAAUUACGUGAAUAGUAUUCAACACUUACUGAUAGUCGAUAACAAUGCUAUUCUAAACACUAAACAAGAGCUCAAUAACGGAGAGUGUUAUCGAAAAUUUGUCGACACUUUCCACGAAAAUUGCUUCAAUUUGGGCGAAGAUACCGCCGAAAAAUUAGGUGCGUUGAAAGGCAUAGAGGAUUUUUUAACCAAAAGACUCUAUGUGGAUAAUAAUCUGAAGGAUUAUCUAGACACAAUUAAUUUGCUGGUCGGGAUUGACACAGAGGCUAUACUAAAGGGGAAACACCCGCUUCAUCACAGAAAGUGUUACCGAAAAUUUGUCAACACUUUUAAUGAAAAAUGCUUUAAUUUGAAUAAGAAUCCAUACGCUCUGAAGAAAAUGCAAGUUUUUGUGAAUAUUUGCGAAACAUUGCGCGAUUGGAAUGACGUGAAUAUCGCACUCAACCAAUUGAUAUCUUACUGUCACAUCAAUAUUGACCAGAAUAUGGCCCAAAAGAUUCAAUAA